AGACUGAGUGUGGCAUACUUAACUAAGGACGUUUAGAAUUGUCAAAACUAAGAAAAACAUAAAAAUUUAAUACAUACAAAGUUUAUCAAUUUAAAAACUAUGCCAAAGGUAAGAAGAAGUCGUAAACAACCUCCUGAAGGUUGGGAGCUUAUUGAACCAACACUAGAAGAAUUAGAACAAAAGAUGCGUGAAGCUGAAACGGAAUCACAUGAAGGAAAACGUAUUCAGGAAGCAUUGUGGCCUAUUUUCAAAAUACAUCAUCAAAAAUCACGUUACAUAUAUGAUUUGUUUUAUCGACGUAAAGCAAUUAGUAGAGAAUUAUAUGAUUAUUGUUUGAAUGAAAAUAUUGCUGAUAAAAACCUAAUUGCUAAAUGGAAGAAAACUGGAUAUGAAAACUUAUGUUGCUUGAGAUGUAUUCAGACUAGAGAUACAAAUUUUGGCACCAAUUGUAUAUGCCGUGUGCCUAAAAGUAAAUUAGAAGAGGGUCGUAUUGUAGAAUGUGUUCAUUGUGGUUGUCGAGGUUGUUCAGGAUAAUGUAUUUAUUGAUAUUAGUGAAAAUAAAAUCUGUAAAUAUAUAAAUGUUAACAAGUUAAACCAUCAUCUGCAUUAUUUCAAGCAAUGGGAUCAAAUGAAACACCAAUUUAAAUAAUUAAUUAUUCUGUAAUUUAACAA